GUGAGGGGGCUCGAGAACCUGAUGUCCCUGGACGUGAGCUACAACGGGCUGCGGGGCGACCCCGCCUACGCCCUGCUGCAGGGCGUGUACACAAACGGCCAGAACGAGGGGGAGCUGCGCGACCUGAACCUGGGCUGGAACUGCCUCGGGGAGGGCGCGGCCCACGGCCGCGUCACGAGGAUGCUGAGCUCGGUGCUGAACGACUGCAAGUCUCUGUUCCACCUGGACAUAUCCUACAACCACUUUUCCGCUGAGGACUGCGACCUGUUGGCCGACGGGAUUCGCAAGAACCACUCGCUCUGGGGCGUCCACAUAGAGGGAAACAAGGCAAUGAUCGAUGCCGACGGGUUCAUCUGCGUCUUCCAGGAGGAGGGCGUGAUGGUCACCGAGCAGGCGCCGAGGUCGCGCGCGGCCACGCCAGACAAG